AUGAGGAGCAUUCUAAAUAGCGUGUUCGUUGUGAACCAGAACGUUGGCAAGAACGCAAAAUGUAGGAGAUUCAUUUCGGGCUCAUCUAAGGUGAAAAGUAUUUUCGACAGAAAGUAUGUAUUCAAGGGUACGAACUACUUCCUCUGGAGUGACGUGCGAAACGCACAACGGGGGGCUGUCCAUCUCACAGGGGAAAACAAGAAAUUCUUUUCAACCUUUAUGAAGAAUGUUAUCGAUCAGGUCAAAAAAGACAUGAAGGAAAACAAGCAGUACCAAGAGGCCCUGAAGGAGCUGAAGGAAAAAACGGAAAUAGACCACAAAGCAGUGAAACUGAAAAAAAAAAUUCGAGAAAACAUAAAUCUCCUAAAACACAUAAAGGAAAAAAAUGAAGAAGCAGUGAAGCUUGUCUGCAACGAUGUCAACAACUUUAUUCAUUAUUGUUUUGAAAAUUACACGAUUUUUAGAUUUUCCAAAAAUGCCAGUGUGAAGUUUUUUCUGAUUCUGCAAAAGUUCCUCUUGUGCACAAGCAACAAGUUAACAGAACUGGCAGACAAAUGGAACGAGAAAAACAAUGCCUUUGUGAAGUUGGACAAGUGGAGGCAAGAAAUGGCCAUCAGACGAUACAAGAAGAGUGCUCAUGCGGGGAGUAAUGUGGACGAGAAUACGGACAAGAGUAAUGACCUGGGAACGGGGGAAAAGGGAGACCAUCCCAAUCAGUCCAACACGGAAAGUGCAAAGAGAGCAAAGAAUUCUGGAGAACACGCGGAGGAGGUGAUGGAGGAAGAAAAAGCAGGGAGCAGCGAAUUGGUUCUGGCACAGGAAUCUGCAUGGGAUAAGUUUGGAAGCAAACUGAAAGAUAUGCCAUUUUUAAACAACUUUUUUGAAAAUCCCAUUUUAGGCAAAUUAUUUGGGGAAACAGAAUUAGCCGCCGCAUUGAGGGAGAUGAAAAUGUACGACCAGAAUUUUAAGUUAUCUGAAUUGAUGUACUUGUUUGAGUUUGUUAUUUCUAAACACAUCGUGGAGUCUUAUCUAAUAGGUGAUGAAGAGACACUGCGGGUGCAUUGUGGGCAAUCAGCUUUUAAUUCUCUAAACGCAAGCAUAAAUGAGAGGAAGAAGAAGAAAGUGUACUUGGAUACGAAUGUACUGAUAUACAAGAAUCACGAGCUAAAGGGGGCCCAGAGAAUGGAAGAAAGUUCCCCGUGGUUCAUCUUUACGUUCCACACGCAACAAAUAAAUUGCCUGAAGAAUGCGAAUGAUGAAAUAAUUGAGGGGAACAUUGAUGACAUUCGUGAAGUGGUUUACACCAUCGCUCUGUCCAAGCACCCCGAACCGGAGAGGGAGGGCCUGCUUUACCCCUACAUUGUGCGCGAGUUCGCCAUCAUUGGGAACACCCCUUCGUGGUGA